AUGGCGUCUAUCAACAUCGGAGGGGAGAACGCGGGGGAUGCGUUCUACCGCUACAAAAUGCCCAAGCUGAAGGCCAGAAUUGAAGGCCGAGGAAAUGGCAUCAAAACCAAUGUGGAGAACAAUGUUGACAUUGCCAAGGCCCUCGAGCGCCCUCCUGAAUAUACCCUCAAAUUCUUUGGGUGUGAGCUGGGAGCUCAGACCAAGUUCGAGAAGGCAUCUGGCACCAGCAUCGUGAACGGGGCGCACGACGCUAGCCGCCUGUCGGAGCUGCUCGAGUCCUUCAUCAAAAAGUACGUGCAGUGCUACUCCUGUGGCAACCCAGAGACUGUUGUGAAGAUCAAGCGGGAGAACAUCUUUUUGAAGUGCAAGGCCUGCGGCUUCGUGUCGGAGGUAGAUGCUCGGCUGAAGUUGAACACCUUCAUCCUGAAGAACCCGCCCGACAACAAGCUGAGCAAGGCCGAGAAGAAGUCCAAGAAGGAGGAGGCAGAUGCCAGCGCAAAUGGAGACGGGCCUGAGGGAAACCUGGAGGCGGAGAUGGCGGCCGCCAAGAAGGCGGAGGAGGCCGCCAAGAAGGCGGCGGAGGAGGAGGCCGCAGCUGCAGCCGCCGCCCAGGCCGAGGCUGACGCUGCAGCUGCCAAAAAGGCUGAGGAGGAUGCCAGGCUGGCGGAGGAGGCCGCCGCAAAGCUGGCUCUGGCCAGCCCCGAGGUCGCCGCGAUGUCCACGCUGCGUCAGCUGCUGGCCUCCGGGACGGCGCCCGCCGAGCUGGCGGCCACGCUGCGCAGCCUGGAGCUGCCGGGCGGGCCUGCGGCCCGGGCCUCCGCGCUCUACCAGGUCCUCUUUGGCGACGUGGAGGCUGGCGCCAAGCUGUCCGCCGAGGUGGAGGGCCGCAAGGCGUAUCUGGCACCCUUCUCCAAGGAUGCUGCCGGGCAGCUGGGGCAGCUGGUAGCCGUGGAGAAGCUGGUCGGUGUCACCCUGCCUGCCCGCGUGAGGGAGGCGCCCCUGGUCAUCAAGGCCCUCUACGACCUCGACCUGGUGGAGGAGGAUCUCAUCUUGGCCUGGUACAAGCGCGCCGACGCCGCCAGUGUCCUGGAGGUCCCUGCCUCCGCUGCCUCUGCCGUACGCGCCGCCUCCAGGCCCUUUGUGGAGUGGCUGGAGCAGGCCGAGUCCAGCGAGGAGGACAGCGACGAGGAGUGA